AAGACUACCAGUUGCCUCCUCGGCUUUGUACCCGGACAACCCCUACUUUCUCCCCGAGCAAGACGACAUGAAGCUGGUGGUGGUCUGCCUGUUGUCCGUGGCCGCGGUGGUCCUCGCCAGGCCUCAGCAGCCUCAGCAGCCUCAGCAGCCUCAGCAGGAGCCUGUGCCCAUCCUGAAGCAGGCCUCGGACAUCUCCCCCGAGGGCGCCUACCAGUUCUCGUACGAGACCGGGAACGGCAUCAAGGCCGAGGAGGUGGGGUCGCUGGCCCCCGCCGACAACCCGGAGGACGGCAACGUGGUGUUCGCCGAGGGCAGCUACAGCUACACGGGCGACGACGGGGUGGUCUACACCGUCACCUACAAGGCGGACAAGAACGGCUACCAGGCGAGCGGCGACCACCUGCCCAAGAAGUGAGCGCACCUCCUGCCGACCGCUGCCGCUGCCGCCCUGAUACCGCUCGCUGACAUCACGCGCCCGACGCUCGCUCCGGCAUUUUAUUUUUUUAUACCUUACCUACCGCAAUGUGUAAAUAAAAAAACUAUUUUUAUAACCAAA